AUGGCUGCUCCUGCUUGGCGCAAACUCUUCACUCGUCGCAUGUCCUCUUCCUUUUUUGACCCCCCUCCACCUGUUCGUUCUCGCAGAGUCGUCGUCACUGGGUUGGGCAUGGUAACUCCAUUGGCGUGUGGAGUGGAGACUACGUGGAAGAGACUGAUAGAGGGUGAUUGUGGCAUAAGGGCAUUGACCCCUCAAGAUCUCAAGAUGAAUGGCUUUGAUACAGAGACCCAAUCUUACACUUACGACCAGCUCACCUCCAAAGUCGCGGCAAUUGUGCCCUGUGGAACCAACCCAGGUGAAUUCAACGAGGACUUGUGGUUCAGUUCAAAGGAGCAUCGUUCAAUGGCCAGGUUUAUUGGGUAUGCUCUAUGUGCUGCUGAAGAAGCACUUAAAGAUGCUAAUUGGAUGCCCACCGAGCCUGAUCAAAAGGAAAGAACGGGUGUCUCAGUUGGUGGGGGAACUGGAAGCAUCAGUGACAUAUUGGAUGCUGCACAACUGAUUUGUGAGAAGCGUCUUCGUCGGCUUAGUCCUUUUUUCAUCCCCCGGAUAUUAAUCAACAUGGCAUCUGGUCAUAUCAGCAUGAAGUAUGGAUUCCAGGGACCAAACCAUGCUGCAGUGACAGCUUGUGCUACUGGUGCACAUUCUUUGGGUGAUGCCACAAGGAUGAUUCAAUUUGGAGAUUCAGAUGUUAUGGUGGCUGGAGGCACAGAGUCUAGCAUUGAUGCUUUAUCAAUAGCAGGAUUUUGCAGCUGUUGCACAGUUUCUUUUACUGCUCAUACUGAGUUCACAACAUACAUUGACUCGUCAAGGGCUUUAACUACAAAAUACAACUCUUCCCCUCAAGAAUCAUCACGACCUUUUGACUGUGGUCGAGAUGGGAUAGGUGAAGGUUCUGGAAUCUUGGUCUUGGAGGAGCUUGAGCAUGCAAAGAAUAGAGGAGCAAAAAUUUAUGCAGAAAUUCGUGGUUAUGGAAUGUCAGGAGAUGCACAUCACAUUACUCAACCACAUGCUGAUGGAAGAGGUGCCAUUCUGGCCAUGACGAGUGCCUUUAAACAGUCGGGUAUUCAUCCAAAACAAGUGGAUUAUGUAAAUGCCCAUGCCACCUCAACACCUUUGGGUGAUGCAAUAGAAGCCAAUGCUAUCAAACAUAUUUUCUCUGACCAUGCGACAUCAGGUGCUUUAGCCUUGUCCUCCACCAAGGGAGCUAUUGGUCAUCUCCUUGGUGCAGCUGGAGCUGUUGAAGCAAUAUUUUCUGUUUUGGCCAUACACCAUGGAAUUGCACCACUAACACUGAAUCUCUCAAAACCAGAUCCGGUGUUUAAUGAUGCUUUCAUGCCUCUGACAGCUUCAAAGGAAAUGCCAAUAAGAGCAGCUUUGUCGAACUCUUUUGGCUUUGGAGGAACAAAUGCAUCCCUGCUGUUUACAUCUGCUCCUUGA